GAUUCGUAAACCGCCAUUAUUGUUGCUCUCUCCUCCCGUCCCGUCGGCGACCGGCGAUCGAUUCUCCGAAGAAAUGGCUACGGAGGAAGCGGCGGCAACCCUAUUGAUUCGGCAUCUCCCGGAAGCGAUCCCUCCCGAAACCCUUUCUAGACUCUUCUCCCACUACGGCGCGUCCUCAGUCCGGCCCUGUACUCAUGGAAGUGUAAAAAAUUGUGCAUUUGUGGAUUUCAAGGAUGAAGCAUUGGCAUAUCAAGCACAAAGACAGUUAAAUGGCCUACGGUUUCUCGGUAAGAUAUUGUCUGUUGAAAAAGCUAGUAAACGAACGGCUGAAGACAAGCAUGGGAAGAGUGAACCUGGGACUGGAAAAGAGUCUAUCUCUUUGAUCAAAGAUGGUGCUUCAUACAAAGAUCUUGAUGGAAGCACACAGUCCUAUCGUCGUAAUGAACCCAUUGCCCAAAGGCUAGGUGUGGACUAUCCAUUCCCUCCCCACCUUGAAUAUGCAUACCCCCCGCCUGAUGGACAUAUUUUGACCAAUAUUGUGAAUGCUCUUAUUGCUGUUCCACGGUUUUAUACACAGGUCUUACACUUAAUGAACAAGAUGAAUAUCCCAGCUCCAUUCCGGACAGCAUUGCCAACUCCACCUCUGCCAAAUCCAGCUUCUUUCCAGCCUCCACCUCCACCACCACCUCCUCCAACAGAUAUUGGAAGUAUAGCGGAAAAUCUGUCGAGCAGUGAAUCAGAAAUGGAGUCUUCAGAUGAGGAAACUCCAACUGUUGGGGUCCCUGAAAGAAAGCGUAUGAAGCGAGAAGCCAUCGUGGGUCCUGGAGUGAACAAGGAUGUGGCUCAUGAGUCUGUUGGAUUGAAACCUGCUGCUUUGCUUCCAAAAGAAAUGCCAAUUAUAAAAAAGAAGAAUCCUGUGCUACAGAUAAAAAUAGCACCUAAACAGGUUCAAUGUGACCCAAUGGAUGAUGAAAGCACAAGAGAAAGACAUGGGCAAGAUGAAGAGAAAUUGGAUAAUAAACCUGUUCUGACUAUCGAAGAAUUGAAGAGUGGGAAAUUGGUUCCUGAAGAAAUUUUGUCACUUCCGGUGUUCAAGAAUUAUUCUGCUGGAAAUCCUUCUCGUGUGUUGUACAUCAAAAACUUGGCUAGAGAUGUGAUUGCUGAUGAUUUCUAUUUCAUAUUUGGAUCCUUCUUUGGAAGUAUUGAUGCUGCUAGGUCCAGUCUCACUGUGAAGUUAAUGCAGGAAGGAAGAAUGCGGGGUCAAGCUUUUAUUACAUUUCCAACAGUUGAGCUUGCUCAGAAUGCUUUGAACCUGGUGAAUGGAUACGUGUUUAAAGGCAAGCCCAUUGUCAUUCAGUUUGGCCGUAAUCCUGCUACCGCAGCUAGCUAAUUAGAAUUGCAGACUGUUCGCUUUUUUCCUCUAAAAGAAGCUCGCUGAAAUUUAGAGCAUUGCCUUCAAGACUUCAAUGCCAGCUUUGGAAUUUAGUUUGCAUUUUUUCGAAUGUAAAUUCAGUCGAAUGAAGAUUGCCGGUGUUUGUGGGGGAGAUUCCAGCGAGCUUCCGGCCAAAUGAUGAAGACACGUGAAUACGUUGCAGAGAUGAUGACAAAUACUAAAGUCUGCCAUGUCCGUUAAAGAAGCUUCAUGCUGACAAGCGGUUCCUGCCUUUUAAACAAACACACCUUGCACAUUUUAUAUAUAACCUUAGCUUGUUCAUAAAUUAUGGUCCAGUGUUUGUGUUUUGUGUUUGGGUUGGGGAUAAACAUUGACAGAUUUAGUACAUUAUUAUCAUGUGUUAUGCCGUAUGUAAAAAUAUGUUCAUUUCUGGUGAACUAACUGUUCAUUCUAAGGAUAUAUUGAACAUUUUCAUUCAAGUUGCUGUAUUUAAUGAAAGGAUAAAUGGUCAAA